GCGGGCUGGCGUUAACGGCGGUAUAAGAGGCCAGGCAGUGCGCAUUCGCGGCUCUUCUGACAGCAGUGAGGAUGUGGGCGUGCCGCGCGCUCCUGCCGCUGGCUGCAUUCGCCACUGUUGCUGUUGCUGCCGCCGCCGCAGGCCAUCAGGACCCGUCUCUCACAGCAUUUAUCAACGCCGAUUGGUCAGCUUAUCUGUCGGACCGAGCUGCAGUCGAGCGCCACAUAAAGUGUGUUCUCGACAAAAUGCCCUGCGACGCCGACGGACUGAAGCUGAAAAGUUUGGUACCUUUCAUGAUGGACCAGAAUUGUAGGAAAUGUUCCAAUAACGAGAAGCUGUUUACGAGGAAGCUGAAAAGACUGAUGGCAAAGCAUUACCCGGAAGCCUAUCGCGAUAUGGCACUUUUGGCUCGCCGUCUCCAACGUCAGGCCGCCGCCGCCGCCGCCACCACCACCAUCAGUACAGUUAGCAGGACCACCGACAGGUCCUGUAUCUACCGCUGCUGUUCCUGGCAUCGUCUCCGACACCGACACGGCUCUGCAAUUGGGCGAUUCCGGAGGUAAUAACCAACAAGUGCAGGAGGUGCACGCCCACACAGCUCGCUAAUGUAAACAAGCUGAAGGCCUUCCUCCACCAGAACUAUCCGGGUGUCUGGGAGCAAGUGGAGAGCAAGUAUAGUAAGGCUUGAUCGCACUCUGAAGACUGAUUGAAUCACGCAUUUAAUUUAUUUAUAAACAACAUUUUUAUGUCGACAAAUAAACUAAUUCUUUUCAAAAAU